AUAUGUCACAGUAUCGCCGCGGAAACGAGCGACGUGAUAUUCUAACGUAUCCUCUGUCCUGUGUCAGGAUAGUAAACGUGAAACAACAGUUUCGUGUUGUUUUGUCGAUUGUUAAGAAAACCAAUUCUUUAUUCUUUUCUUUUUUUUUUCUUUUUCUUUUUCAAAAUAAAAGAACCUCGAAAGAGAAUUAAUAUAAUAUAAAACGGAUGGAUUGAUAGAUAGAUAGAUGGAUAGAUAAAUAUAAAAAGGCUUGAUGAAAGUACCCUUGAACUUGUUACACAUAUAUUUUAUUAGAUACUGUUCCAUUUUUUUUCCUUUUUUUUUUUUUUAUUUCUAUCCGAACAAUUUUACUGGACGAUUCAAUUAUUUAAUUAUAUCCUUCUUAUGAUUAAACAAAUAAUGAUAUAAUACAAUGUUAUGGAGAAAGAGAACGAAAGUUUUGUCAUUUAAAGAGAGAAUAGAAGAAUCUUUAAAUAAAAUGAAAAUCGUUGAAACACGUGACAUUUUGCAUAGUGUGCGAAGAAACGACAGUGAUUUUUUUUUCUUUUUUUUUUUUUCUUCUUUUAAAUAAUAAAACAAAUCAGUUUAUGAAAUCAUGGAGUAUAUGAAAAAUGAAAAGAUCGUAAAGUGGUAAUAAAUCGUUGGAAGAAGUGACUCUGGUUAAAAAAAAAAAAAACUUACUCUCGUAAGGUUUUAAUAAAAAUCAAUUGCUUGCUGUAUAGAACAUAUGCAAACUAAGGAUAGGGGUGGUAUGUGAGGGUGGGACGUAGUGGUGUAAUGUAAUAAUAUAAAUUGCGAAUAAUAGGAUAUAGAAUAAAAAGUCAAAAUGAUAGAAGGAAAAAAGAGAAUGGUAUGCAAUCAUUAAUGUUGGACGAUCGAUGUGUCGUAUCAAAAAAAAAAAAAAAAAAAGAAAAAAAGGAGAAAAAAAAAGAAAAAGAAAAAGAAGACAAUCCAGAAAAGAAAAAGGACGAGAAUAUAAUAAAAGAAAUUAAAAAAAAAAGAGAAAGGUUUCCAAAAUCAAAUUAAAUGGAUUUCGAUGUAACACGUAUAAGGAUUAAAGUGUUACCAGCGGAAUGUUACCAAAGUUUCUUUGCCCUAUGCGUUCGGCCAAGGCUAAUACGAUCAUCCUAGUCGAGGCGGGGUCAGCGAUAACUAUAGACCAGACCGGUCUUUUACCAUUCAUAAUUGAAGAAUAGUCCAGGCAACGAGAUAAAAAUUUGAUCGAGUUGUUUUUAAAGGAUUUCAUUACUUCAACAAAUAUAAAUUGAAUCAUGGACACCGGCCAAGUUCUUAUUCCAAUCAUCGAUCCUAUAGAAAUACAUAUGGAUAUUUUUAGAAUGACUAACAAUUAUCCGGGAUCAACAAGAAUCUAAAUACUUAUCCAUUAUCAUAUACACACAUACAUAUGUGUAUAUAUAUAUAUAUAUAUAUAUGUGUGUGUAUUCGUUUAUAUUGUCGUCGACCGAUAAAUAGUGUUCCUGACCUUUUCGAUUAAAAUGGGUGAUAGUACACUUACGCUCGAAGACGAGACUCAGAACGCUCACAGUAGAAGAUCAAGCACCGUAGGUGACGCUCCGCAAAACGGUUCCGAGUCUAGCAUUGGUGAAUCACAUUUGAGUGAGAAUACAACAUCGAUUAAAUCGAUUGAUGCAUCGUCGAUUACGUCGACGAAAUCAACACCAGGUAAAAGUAACAGCAAAUCGGGAAGCAUUUCUUCGACUGCUUCAUUGAGUAAUCCAAAAUCAACAACUGGGCAUCAUUCAAGUAGAGAAAUCCUUUACGAGCCAGAUAAGAACUGCAUACUGCCAUACCUUUCGAUCGCAACGGAGAAUCCAUCGAAACCUGGGACGCCAAAAAUUCCUAAAAAAACGUCCAAGACAAGUGUAUACCCAUCUGGGAUCAAUUUGACGGCACGUGAUGCGUUUGGUCCUAAACUUACGGCCCCAGGAUCACCGGAAAGUAGUCCAUCGUUACCGAAUACGCCAUUACCUACAGAUUUCGAUGAAACCGCAAAGGAAUGUUUAUCUCGUAAAGGAUCAUCGGUCGAAAAUGAAAUUACUUCGGAUACAUUAUACUUUCGUGAUGGCCGAAGGCGAAUCGAUAUGGUGCUCGUUUAUCAGGAAGAAAACGAGGGUGUCAUGACGGAAUUGGAAACAAGACGAAGAGAACAGAGACGUAUAUUUCAACAAAAUCUUUUAACGGAAGGCUUGCAACUCGAAUUAGAACCAAAAGAAAAUUCGUUCGAUGGUAAAACAUUUUUCCUCAAACUUCAUAUACCCUGGAAAAUAAAAGUACAAUAUGCUGAAGUUAUGAAUUUGAAAUUGCCAACAAAAAGAUUUAUCACUAUAUCGGUUAAAGCAUGGGGUACGGAUGGUACAAAAGGUAGGCCAAAAAUUUGGGAAAAAUGGUUAAAGUGGACCAAUUGGAUACAAAAACUUCAUCACUGGGAUACCAAUCGAUAUCCCGAAGAACCUAGUUUCUAUGAUAGUAUUGAUUCUGGUGAUCGAGAGGAAAGAUUCGUCGUAAAGGAUCGAGAUACCGCAUAUACGCCAGCACAGAGAUCGUUAAUAGUGAUGCAAAUAUUGUUACGUACAAGGUACGACGAAAUGCAUGAUAAAGUUGGGAUUCGUAGACUUGUUGCAGACGGUACUUAUCUCGAUUGUUAUCAUUUGCACGAAGGACCAUACAACAAGCCAGAAGAUAACGGUGAAAUUUUAGAUAGACAUUUGCUUUAUUUGAUAUGGGCUAAUCCAAAACAAUGGUUUAAGAAACAACCAUUGUGGUUGAUAAGACGAUACUUCGGUGAGAAAGUAGCAUUAUAUUUCGCUUGGCUUGGUUUCUAUACGGAAUGUUUGGUUGCACCAGCUGUGGUUGGUCUUUUAUGUUUUAUAUAUGGCCUAGGAAGUAUGGAAGGAGCGGACAACGUGCCUAGCAAAGAAAUAUGUGAUGAUAAGAUUGCCGGAAAUAUUACAUUAUGUCCGCUCUGUGACAAAGCUUGUGGUUAUCAAAAACUCGGCGAUUCUUGUAUAUUUUCUAAGCUAACAUAUCUUUUUGAUAAUCCUGCGACCGUUUUCUUCGCCAUUUUUAUGUCAUUUUGGGCAACGACGUUCUUAGAAUUAUGGAAACGACGACAAGCUGUUAUCGUUUGGGAAUGGGAUCUUCAAAGUGCUGAGGAUGACGAGGAACCUAGGCCAGAAUUUGAAACGUCAGUGAAAACAUUUCGCAUAAAUCCAGUUACCAGAGAACGUGAGCCAUAUUUACCAGCAUGGUCGAAAGCUAUGCGAUUUUGUGCUACCGGUUCUUUUGUAUUUUUUAUGAUAUGCGUUGUCCUUGGUGCAGUACUAGGUACAAUAAUAUAUCGUAUAUCUCUCGUUUCCGUAUUUUACGGUGGCGGUGGUUCUUUCUUACAAAAACACGCAAAGAUAUUCACUUCGAUGACAGCAGCCUUGAUCAAUUUAGUGAUAAUCAUGAUACUUACACGUAUAUAUCAUCGAUUGGCCAGAUGGAUGGUAAACAUGGAAAAUCCAAGAACUCAAACAGAAUACGAAUCUAGUUAUACGUUCAAAAUAUUUCUUUUUGAAUUCGUUAAUUUUUAUUCUUCGCUAAUUUACAUUGCAUUCUUCAAGGGAAGAUUUUUUGUACAUCCUGGCGAUCAAGACGCUAGAUCGUCCGAAUUCUUUCGUAUAAAGACAGAUGUCUGUGAUCCAGCUGGUUGUCUCUCUGAAGUAUGCAUUCAGUUAGCUAUUAUAAUGAUUGGGAAACAGUGUUUCAAUAAUUUCGUUGAGAUUUUAUCCCCAAAAUUUUUGAAUUGGUGGCGCAAAAGAACUCAAGUUGCUGCUACGAAGGAUCAUGACAGACAAUAUACAUCUUGGGAAAGAGAUUAUCAAUUACAGGAUCCUGGAAGACUCGCACUUUUUGAUGAGUAUUUAGAAAUGAUUCUUCAAUAUGGUUUCGUAACUCUCUUCGUAGCAGCAUUUCCAUUAGCACCAUUAUUCGCAUUAUUAAAUAAUAUCGCGGAAAUAAGAUUGGAUGCUUAUAAAAUGGUGAAAGAAUCACGAAGACCUUUAGCAGAAAGAGUGGCAGAUAUUGGUGCUUGGUAUGGUAUUCUCCGUGGUGUCACAUACGUUGCUGUUGUAUCAAACGCAUUCGUCAUAGCUUAUACCUCAGAUUUCAUUCCACGAAGUGUCUAUGCAUUUGUUUAUUCUCCAACAGAAGAUUUGGUCGGUUAUAUUGACAGCUCUCUGUCAGAAUUUAAUACUUCUGAUUAUCGUGACGACAUGAAGAGUGAUGCCAAAGAACAUCCAGAAACAUGCCAAUACAGGGGAUACAGAAAUGGACCCGAUCACAAAUUAGAUCCUUACGGAUUAAGCCCACAAUAUUGGCAUGUUUUUGCAGCACGAUUAGCAUUCGUAGUUGUUUUCGAACAUGUUGUUUUUGCAUUGACUGGGAUAAUGAGUUAUGUUAUACCAGCUGUACCGCGUGCCUUAGCGACACAACUUCAACGAGAACGUUUGCUAGCACAAGAGGCUAAAUAUGAAAAGGGAUUAAAGGGUAGAGAGGACGAGGAGGAUAUACUUUCUGUAUUAAGAGAAGCUGGAAGUAUAGGUAGACCUACUGGUGCUCCUGGUAGAACCAAUUGGGCAAGACGUUUCAGUAAAAUGAGUGAUGGUUUGGAUGCCCACGUUGAAGUUGGUUCGAGGGUACACAGAUACAGUGACAGUUCCACUAUGUGGGAGGUCACUUAAAUUAUUCAACACAUUUCUUUUCUUUCUUAAAAUAUCAUCGAUCUCGUUCAAUUGAAAAUCUUAUUUCAAGAUGAUUUAUUGUAAUGUAUAUUAUUAUGUUAACACUUGUAUAUACUAUGUAUAGUACCGCACAUUUAAGAUCAAAAAAGAGAACACCAUCUUUCUUA